ACGUGAUAUCAAAGUCGGAGCCAGCAGCAAUGACGAAGACGGCCUCAGAAAUAAUACAAGAAACAAAAAAUCACAAACCGGCUUAGAUCGCCGUAUUAUUUUCCUUUCGUCCAAUCCAUCCGCCAAUAAAUUGAUCCUAUCUUGCUUUACUCAUCUGUCCUCGUCCCCCCUCGUUCUCCAUACAACGCCAACAAUGGGCUGGUUCUCAUCAUCCUCCGAAACCGCCGCAUCCAAAGCCGCAGACGGCGGCUCCAUAGCCCCCGACCGCUCCUCACGACAACAAUGCUACAUUGCCCGCGACGCUUUCUUCGAAUGCCUAGACGCAAACAACAUAGUCGAUGCGGUCCGGGAAGAUAAAACGGCGCGCGCGAAAUGCCCGAAGGAACUCCUCGACUUUGAAGGCGCAUGUUCGAAGACUUGGGUGAAAUAUUUCAAAGAGAAGCGUGUAAUGGAAUAUAAGCGGGAUCAGACAAUUGCGAAGAUAAAAGCGGAUGAUGCUGCAAUGGCUGCGGAGAGCCGGGCGGGCAGAUAAAAAUGGACGGGCAAGUUGGUUUCGGUGGGUGGUUCUUCUCACCCUGUUUUUAAUUUUUGGGCGAUUGCGAAGAGUACGGGCCUGUAUGAUUAUAGAUUGAUCGGUCUGAAUGACUUGGUUGCUGGCGCCCCUAGAAUGAAGAGUUGUGGCCAGAAGGAUGCGACGGCAUAUUGUAUAUUAUUAUUGUUAUUAUCUAUUUUUUGACGACUUCUUAUAUAUAUUCAACUCUCAUGGCGCUGUAUUCGCCUUGAUAUGCAUGCCUUUUGCUUCUGAUGCGAAACCUAAUUGGAUAGAUACUAGACGGGUACGUCUUCAUAUCGAGGCAGAGGGGAAGUGAACGGACACGGAGGGAAGUAGUAUAAAAUGCGUUAUUAGAUUUAUAAUAGUUAGAAGAUGAAUUAAUUAAUGGGAUAUUUACAUUAGUUUAGUGGUAUAUGUCUCUUAAGGGUCCGUGGUCCGCACCCUAGCUUCCCUUCUAUUGAAAAUUAAUCGCAUUUCGUUUGUUAUCCGGUUUUAGAUAUUGCUUUGCCA